AUGAUUUAUGACUGUUUUCCGCCUCCGACAUUUUCCUGCACGAACUCCGAAAAUUUCCCUUAGUAAGCCCUAAUCUUCGAUCGAACUUGGUACCCCGGUGGAUUAUAACGGCGUUGAUGGAGAGAUUCAAGCUUGGCGUCCGCUCUCCAGCACAAAAUUCGAUUUCGGAUAAUUCAUCCUCCAACUAUUACGAGCCUCCUUUGGAUCAAACCCGCGUAUUAGUUCGUGCGGGUUCAAGGAAUGUGGUAUCCCUGUGGACAUGCUCCAAGUUGUGUGCCAUUAGUUUCGCAGUCGGAGUGUUUAUCGGAUUUACGUUGAGGCGGCGGCUACGGGCAUGGGCUAGCAAAGCACUAAAGAGAAUAAAGGAUGACUGAAAAUGCACAAAGCUUGUUAUAUUUUGAUGCCUCGUUUGUUUUCAAUUAUUAUACCAUUUUGGCUAAUACAGCUGCAAGCUAUUUUUUGCGACACAUUCGAGUGUCAGAGCACAACAAAUUUGAUGUAAGUGGACUCUGCUCUAACAAAUUUUAUGAUAUUUUGAAGGAAAGUAGUUUGAAGCUGGUAUGUUGCUUUUUUUAUU